UAUGUGGCAGAAAAAAGUUGUUACAUGUCUUUACAUGUUUAUUUUUGGUGAUAAUAUGUCGUACGAUCGUGCCAGGGACAACGUUUCAACUUAUAUAAGCUUCUGACAUCGGAGUCGGAAAAACAAUGCACAUGCACGAACGUGGAAAAGCUGUAACGGCGAAAUCAACACUGCUAGCUCAAAGGUCGCGAUUUGCUGGUGCAUCCGAAGAUAAAACAGCACGAAAUGAGUAUUAACAGUAAUAAACCGCGGAUGUGCUGUUCAGCAAGACUUCAUCUUGCUUUCCUGGCGAUGCUCGGAUGUGUCUGCUUCUACUCACUUCGCGUUAACAUAAGCUUCUCGAUCGUCUGCAUGGUGAACCACACAGCCAUUUCCAUGUCGCCUGCAUUGAUCGCGACGAAUGAAAGUGAAAAUGCAUCGACUAUUGGUCCUACUCUACCUGGCCUUACUGAAAAAUCGACCAGCAACAUCGGUCCAGACAGCUGCAGUGCAGUGUCGAUAAAGCAAGCGCAGCAGGAUGGUGAAUUGACAUGGACCAAAGAGCAACAAGGCCUAGUUCUUGGUUCAACCUUCUGGGGAUAUGUUUUAACCAACAUUGCUGGUGGCGUGGCUGCUACUCGUUAUGGUGGCAAGCGAGUCAUCUUGGGAGCCCUCUUCUUUGCAGGAAUUUUAACUGCAGUAACACCAGCAGCUGCACGCAGCAACCUUUAUAUCAUUUUAGUCAUCAGGUUUCUCAUUGGUGUUUGUUUGGGCACCAUCUCACCAGCACUUCAGGCACUGUUUGUGCAAUGGAUUCCUCCUCAUGAGAGCAGUGUGCUUCGUAAUUUGGCUUUUGCUGGCUGUCAGAUGGGAUACAUUCUGACCUUUCCUGCAUCAGGUCUGCUUUGUGAAUAUGGCUUUGAUGGAGGAUGGCCAAGUCUCUUCUACAUUCAGGCCUCUCUUGUCAUGAUGUGGUGCCUGCCUUGGACUUUAAUGGUCACUGACUCUCCUUUGGAUCACCCACACAUAUCAAGCAAAGAGCGUGACUACAUCGCUGACAGUCUGAUGGGGAUGGUAUCUUUGGACAGGAAUAAGCAGUCAGCAAAAGUGCCAUGGAAUGACGCAUUCAGAUCAAGACCAGUGUGGGCAUGCAUCUUCUGCCAUAUGUGCUUCAACUGGGGAGAAUAUACUUUUCUUACCAACAUUCCUACUUACUUGAAGGAGGUGCUACAUUUUGAUGUCAAGUCUAAUGGAUUAUUGUCAGCUUUACCUUACAUUGGCUUCUGGCUGAUCAUCAACAUCUCCAGUCAUCUGGCAGACUUCUGUUGUCGCACCAAGAUGAUGGACAAGACAAAGACACGAAAACUCUUCAAUACUAUAGCAAACUCAAGAACAGUGGAAGUGGGUAUUUUUCUUAGCCGCUUUCAUUUAUCUGGUUGGAGGAUCUGGAUUCUUGCUUUUUGGCAGCGGACAAUUACAGCCCUGGGCUGCAGAAACAUGUGAACAGACUGUAGAUGGUAAAGAAUUACAUGAAUAUUUAAUCCAGGACAACAGAUAUAAUACUGCAAAAGAAAUUAAAGGAGAAUCAGCAUGACAUCCAACAAGAGACAGCCUCACAAACAUGUAUUCCUGCAUUGAUGACUUAUGCAUAUUUUUUUAUGUAUUUUAUGCAUUAAAUGUUGCAUUUAACUUGGAAACUGCAGCUUCCAUGUGUUAUCUUGUGAUAGUUAAACCUCAAACAAUUGAGAUUUACUAUGUCUGUUAAGGUGCUUUCCAUUUUUAGCAGUCACAAAUUAUAGUCCUAAUCCUCAAUAUAAGUACUUUUUUUAAAAAUUCACACUUACAUUGGAAAACUGCACACUUCAUAGAAAAAAAUUCAUGCUUAAAUU